AUGCAAACGCGACCCUCCACGUGCCCCUUAUUCCGCCACACUCUCGUAUCUUUUCUAGACGUUUCUUCGUGUCUGAAAGCUGACAGAUUGCGGUGGUUCAGGGACGAUGAUGGCGACAAAGAUAACGAAAUCUCCCCGGGCACCACCUCCCCAGAAUCACAACCGUCGAGACCAUGGGAACGCCCGGAACGUCGGAGGGCAGCCGACUUCAGCAACUAUCGGAAAGACCUUGCUGUGCUCGAGUUGGCCGGCAACAACCUACCGUCGAUCUCUCGGGUUCCGCCUACGGCUUCUGCGUCAACCCCACCCUGGGCCACGUCGAACGGUUCCAGCAGUAUGGCGUCGAGUAUCUUCCCUGGAAGUUUCUACAAUGAUUCCAAUGAGGAUAUCCCACAGCUCUCGCCAGGCUUCCGGCCCGGUUCUGGCAGGACAGAUGAUGUCGCUUUCCCAGGCGAGGACAGGCGGCCCUCUGUCGCAAGCGCAACAACAGUCAGCAGCUCAAACUCCCGGUCGAGCAUUGGCCGGGGCUUCCACAAGAAGCUUCAAGGCUUCUUUGGGGAUGAAUACAAUGGCUCGGAAUCCCGGCAGGGCUCCGAGGCCAGUCUUACCACAAAUGCUGGUGAAGCUUCUCGGCAACAUAGGAACCGGAAUAAUUCUCUCCACAAUACCACCGCAAGUAGCACUGGCAGCAGGCCAGGUUCCCCGGCAAGUUCGCGGCCUCGGACACCCCUACCUUCCAGCGAUAUAACACCUUGGGAGUACCAAGAGAAUAAGGAAACCCCUUCUUCCGGUCUAGAUAGGGAUAGGUUGCCUUCAGACCAACAGUCGAUAAGAUCUACAAAGACGACACACUCCCACAAACUUCCUUUCCAUGGCCAUAGGCACCACAGAAGUAACGACGAGUCCAAGCCGACUGAGACAAGCCACGGCGCUCCCCUACGCCCCGUUGCGAGUCGUGAUGAGUCGUCCACAGGCUACAGAGGACGCCAGAACGACUUCAGCGUCCGCGCAGGACUUGCUAUGACAUCGAAAGCUGCUUUAGGUGCCCGUUCAGCAAGCCCUACUGGAAGUACGAAGAGCGGCAAAGAAUCCAUCCAACAAAAAUCUCCGGGCAGCGCCAUGGCAGGAAAGCGAUCUCUAUUCGACAAGCUGCGGAGAAAGGACAAGGCAGAAGGUCGUACUGGUCUUGAAGGAUUGAGAGAUCUCCCGCAAUCGACUGUCUCUCUUCAGCAAUCCAUCAAAUCAGGAAAAUCCUCCAAGACUGAUCCCGCCAAAGGUGAUCUCAAGAACAAGGUCCUCGUCCAAGGAACGCCUGGGUCUCUGGGCCAGCCGUAUGUGUCCUAUGAAAAAGACAAAAGCAGCAAAAAGGAGGGCGGAUCUAGCCGGAUACCGUUCAAAUCGAAGCGCGGAUACGCUGCCGACCAGACGCCUCCUAGUAAGGAUCCAAACGACGUCCAAGCUGAUAUCACCGGCAAUGAAGCGCUGUGGAACCUUGACACCGACCUGUCCCAUAUGGAGGGUAUCAUUAACCCUCACCAGGGUCCCAUGACCCCGCCGACAGGUGAACCAUUUGCUGCUUGGCCAGAUCACGAUACUACCAAGAAUGAAAAGAAAGAGACGGAGCCCGCUACUACAGGUGUUUGGGAUGCGCCGGAUUCCUGGGCCGUGAAGAGGGUCGGCGAUGAUGCCACUGCUAAGUUGCCAGAGCUCGAUGAGCAUGGCAAGCUUCCCAAAUUUGCCGACCAAGGACCUCCUUACUGUGUCCGUAUCUUCCGAGUUGAUUCGACGUUUGCUGUCCUCUCCGUCGGACUCUAUGCUACUGUUGCCGAAAUCAUUCUGAUCCUGGGCAAGAAAUCGUUCUUGCAAGAUGAACUGGGCAACUACCACAUCGUCAUGCGUAAGCAUGAUACAUCGCGGCAGCUGGAGCCAGCAGAAAGACCUUUGUUAAUCCAAAAGGCUCUGCUCGAGCAAGCCGGAUACAUGGAGUCCGAUCGGAUAGAGGAUGUCGGAAGAGAAGACAACAGCUACCUCUGCCGGUUCACCUUCCUACCCGCCAAGAUGAGUGGAUACUCCAGUUUGGAGAAGGAUCCAGGCUUUAGCAAGAUGCAGAAGUUCAGCCACAUUGAUCUUCAAGGCCGCAAUCUCAUCACCAUCCCUAUCACUCUCUAUCAAAAGGCGACAGAGAUUAUUUCGCUCAACCUCUCGCGCAACCUUUCCCUCGAUAUACCGAAGGACUUCAUUCAAGCUUGCACUAAUCUUCGCGAGAUUAAAUAUACUAGCAACGAAGCAAGUCGAUUGCCGCCGAGUUUGAGUUUGGCCCAGCGGUUGACCAUGCUGGAUGUCUCGAACAAUCGAUUGGAAUCGUUGGAUCAUGCUGAACUGUGGAAAUUGCAAGGCUUGUUGAGCCUUCGGUUGUCGAACAACAAAAUCACCGCGUUGCCGAGCUAUUUCGGAAUGUACAGGGCAUUGCGAAGUCUGAACCUGUCGUCGAACUCUCUGCAGGAGUUUCCGGAUUUCCUUUGCGAUGUCACCACGUUGGUCGACCUGGAUAUUAGCUUCAACUCCAUUUCGAGCUUGCCAAAGAUCGGGCAGCUGACUUCUCUUGAGCGGUUGUGGGCCACCAAUAACAAGCUGGCCGGAUCAUUUCCUGACGAUUUGAGGAACUUGAGCAACCUGAAGGAGAUCGAUGUGCGGUUCAACGCUAUUGACAAUAUUGACAUCAUGUCUCAACUCCCUAACCUUGAAUAUCUGAUGAUCGGCCACAACUCCAUCUCGGCAUUCGAAGGCUCUUUCUACAAAAUUCGGGUGUUGCACCUCAAUCACAACCCUGUUACUCGGUUUGGCCUAAACUCGCCUGUUCCUACCCUAUCGGUUCUCAACCUAGCAUCCGCGAAGCUGGCACAACUACCAGAAGACUUGUUCCGGAAAGUCUUGGGGUUGACCAAAUUCAUACUGGACAAGAAUCACUUUGUCUCACUCUCUGCGGAAAUUGGUAAACUGGUGAAGUUGGAACAUCUGAGUCUUGCAAGGAACAACAUCGACCGGCUGCCUCCUGAUGUCGGGCGACUUACCGAGCUGCGUUACCUAGACGUACGAGAAAACAACCUGAACGCGCUCCCUCAAGAGAUCUGGUACGCACGCAGGUUGGAGACCUUGAACGUCUCCUCCAACGUGCUAGACAUAUUCCCAAAGCCCGGACCUGUCGUACCAACCUUCCCGACUGAUCCCUUGCAGCCGCAGCCCGACACAACUCCUAGCACGACUCCAGGUCUUUCCGCUACACCAGGAGGACUUCACCCCAACCCCAGCCUUGAAGAUCUAGGCACACUGGAAGAUGUUGCACGCAGGCCCAGCGGAAACUCAGGACUUCUUACCGUAGGAGGCUCACCUGGAGGAACGCAAAGGAAUGGCUCUGUGGCUUCAACUUAUGCCUCCAGCGGAAGAAAAGCGUCAACGGCCUCAAAGACCACUGAAGGAACAUUGACUCCUGUAACAAGAAAGGAUUCCAGUUUGUCAAACCGGAUGGUUACCACUUUUGCUGGAUCUUUGCGGCAUCUCUUCCUUGCUGACAACCGCCUCACCGAUGAUGUCUUCGAUGAGCUGGCGUUGUUGCCAGAGCUGAGAAUUGUCAAUUUGUCGUACAACCUGAUCUACGACAUCCCGCUGCGGAGCAUACGCCGAUGGCAACAUCUGACCGAGUUGUAUCUCUCUGGGAACGAUCUUACUUCACUUCCUGCUGAGGAUCUCGAAGAGGUGACAUCUUUGAGGGUUUUGCAUCUCAACGGAAACAAGUUCCAAGUGCUUCCGGCGGAACUUGGUAAGGUCGCGAAGCUUGCUGUGUUGGAUGUUGGAAGCAAUUCCCUCAAGUACAACGUCUCCAACUGGCCAUACGAUUGGAAUUGGAACUGGAACCACAACCUGAGGUACCUGAACCUUUCUGGUAACAAGCGACUGGAGAUUAAACCAAAUGGGUCGUUUGCUGGCCUAGCCCAUGGUCGUGAAGGCAAAGACCUUACCGACUUCACGUCGCUGACAAACCUGCGUAUCCUGGGUCUGAUGGACGUGACAUUAAUGGUUCCUUCUGUUCCGGACCAGAGUGAGGACAAGAGAGUCCGCACUGCCGGAUCAACUGUCGGCACCAUGUCUUAUGGCAUGGCAGACAGCCUGGGACGAAACGAACAUCUCUCGACGAUGGAUAUGGUCGUUCCGAGAUUCCGAAGCCAUGACGACGAGACGCUAUUCGGGAUGUUUGACGGUCAGGCUCUACCAGGCGGCGGAUCGAAAAUCGCCAAGUAUCUCUACGACAACUUCAAGGUCAGGUUUGCCGAUGAGCUCGAUCGAUGCCGGCCCGGUGAGACCGCUGUAGAUGCGCUCAGAAGAAGCUAUUUAGGCCUCAACAAGGAUCUGGCAGGCGCCGCAACCGCUUGCCAAGACAAGGGCGGAGCUGCGGCGGUUAUCCACCGAACCAAUGCUCUACCGGAUUUGAGUGAGGAGGACCUCAAUUCUGGAAGCGUCGCGACCGUUGUCUUCUUGAAAGAGAUGGAGUUGUAUGUCUCAAACGUUGGUGACGCUCAAGCUUUGCUCAUCCACUCCGAGGGAAGCCAUAGGAUCAUAACACGGAAACAUGAUCCUGCCGAGCCAGGCGAGCGGACUCGCAUCAGGGAGGCAGGAGGCUUUGUCUCUCGACAGGGCAGACUCAACGAUGUCCUCGAGGUCUCUCGUGCCUUUGGCUAUAUCCAAAUGUCUCCCUCCGUUAUCGCUGCGCCACAUGUGUCCCAGAUCAGUCUACGUGAAUCGGAUGAGAUGAUCUUGGUUGCUUCGCGCGAGCUCUGGGAUUAUCUUACGCCGGAUUUUGCUGUCGAUGUUGCUCGCUCCGAACGCGGCGACCUUAUGCGCGCCGCGCAAAAGCUGAGGGAUCUUGCCAUUGCUUUCGGUGCUACCGGGAAGAUCAUGGUCAUGUUGAUUGGUGUCAGUGACCUACGGAAGCGUGAGCGUGCUCGGUUCCGGACACACAGCAUGUCCAUGGGCCCGAUUGGUCCUCCCGACGAAUGGCUCCUUCAACGGCAACGCAAGCGCCCUCGUGGAGGCGAUGUGGCCGAUUCAAAACUGGCGAGGCUCGACCAAGAGGUGGAGGCGCCUACAGGAGAGGUCAGCUUGGUGUUUACCGAUAUCAAGAACUCCACCCUGCUGUGGGAGACUUACUCGACCGCCAUGCGUUCUGCCAUCAAGAUGCAUAACGAGGUCAUGCGCCGCCAGCUCCGCAUCAUAGGAGGAUACGAAGUCAAGACUGAAGGUGAUGCCUUCAUGGUUGCUUUCCCCACCGUGACGUCGGCGCUGCUUUGGUGUUUCACGAUUCAAAGCCAGUUGCUAGAUGUGCAAUGGCCACAAGAAAUCCUCAACAGCGUCAAUGGUCAAGAAGUGGCAGACUCGGACGGCAACAUCAUCUUCCGUGGUCUGUCGGUGCGUAUGGGUAUCCAUUGGGGCACACCCGUGUGCGAGACCGAUCCGGUGACGAAGCGUAUGGACUAUUUCGGUCCUAUGGUCAACAGAGCAGCGCGUAUCUCGGCUGUUGCGGACGGUGGCCAGAUCACAGUGUCGUCUGAUUUCAUUGCCGAAAUCCAGCGUCUGCUUGAGACGCACAUUGAGACGGACAGGUCAGGCUCUGCCGGCUCCGAAGAUGCUCUGGGUGAUGACAUGACAAGCCACGCCAUUCGGCGAGAAUUGCGCUCGCUCAGCAGCCAAGGUUUCGAGGUCAAGGAUCUUGGUGAGCGCAGGCUGAAGGGUCUUGAAAACCCCGAGUACAUCUACCUCAUGUACCCGCAUUCCCUCGCCUCCCGUCUCGUCGUUCAACAGCAACGUGCCGAAGCGGAGAAGGCACAGGGUGCAGCGGCGACCAAGAUGCCAGAUAGCCAACUUACCAUCAACACCGAGGAUGUGUGGGCUCUCUGGAACGUUUCUCUCCGUCUAGAGAUGCUUUGCAGCUCGAUGGAAAACCCUGGCACCACAGAACUCAAGGCGCCCGAGACUGCUCUGCUCGAGCGUAUGAAGACCCGUGGCGGCGAGAUCACCGACCGCUUCUUGAUCAACUUCGUUGAACACCAAAUCUCUCGUAUUGAGACCUGCAUCAACACUCUCAAACUGCGUGACUCCGUUCGUCCUUUCAAGGACGGCAUGCUGAGCCAAGCCUGUCCGAUGUCCGACAUCUUCGCAGAGCUUGGUGCUCAGCUGGCCGAAUUAAAGCAGCUGAAGGCUAUGGGCGACACUCUGGACAUGGAGCCAUCGUAA